CUGGCCCUUCUAAGAAAUUGCACCCAGUUUGCUGAAUAAUUAAAAGCAGGAAAUACUCUAUAAAAGGAAGUGAAUAGGUAAGAAACUCAAAGGCGGUCCAGUCAAACAAAGUGCAAGCUGGGGCUCCGGCAGAGCUCUGAGAGUCCAGCUGGGAUCCGAGUGUGAGCUCCGGUUGUGGAUCCAGAGGGACAAGGAGCCCGAGAGCCAGGACCAUGCUGCUGUCGCUAGUUCUUCUUCUCAGCCUCCCAGGUUGCCUCUCCAUCCAAGGCCCAGAGUCCGUGAGGGGCUUAGAGGGCGGAUCUGUGACUGUGCGGUGUGACUAUAAACCAAGAUGGGAUACCUACAGGAAGUGGUGGUGUCGUGGAGCAUACUGGGAGUUGUGCAGGAUCCUCAUUCAAACCACAGGAUCACAGCUAGAAGUGAAGGGAGACCGUGUGUCCAUUGGGGACAACCAGAGUCACCACUUCCUCACAGUGACCAUGGAGAAAGUCAGGCAAGAUGACACAGACACUUACUGGUGCGGCAUCAGCAAGAGUGGACCUGACCUCGGGGCACCUAUCAGAGUGACCAUUGAGCCAGAGGGAACACUUCUGACCACCUUGGCGAGCAUGCUAUCCAGGAGAACCACCAAUGGCCGUGCAGGGGUAUCGUCUGUCUCCUACAGCAGGAACCGCUACAUCCUUCUGGUGUUCGUGAAGGUGCCCAUCUUGCUCAUACUGGUUGGUGUUGUCCUUUGGUUGAAGGGCCUCAGUAACGACAGUCUGUCUACAUGAACUUGUCCUUGAUCUUCUCACCAAAGACACAGCCGCUCAGAAAGACGGAUGAACAGAACCUUCUGACCCCUGGACCCCAUUUCCAGAGGAGACGUGGGCUGUGGAAGAAAUACCUCUGAGUCCUUAGGACGCGGUGACUGAGGCUGGGUGUGCUAAGGUGAAGCCGGGCACCCUCCUUGCUCGGCACAGCUCAGGGACAGAGCUCAGGGCCCUCCUGGGGAGUCAGGGGGUGCCAGAGAGCCAGCACCUGUUCCAUUCCUGCAGGCAGCAAAUGCCCCUGCCCCAUGGGGCUCAUGGUCAGAGCUGCUGGCCUGGAGCCCAAGCCCUGUCCUCCCUGACACCAGCUCAGCACACUUUAUGUCCAGACUUCUGGUUUAUAGGGUUGUUUCUUAAGUCAGGUUGGGUUCGGAUGACUUGUGCCCAUGAGAACCCUGACAGAUGCCCGUGUGCACACACACACACACACACACACACACACACAGAUGGUGGGGUCCUGGUUCUGGGGCAUCACCCCUCUACCCUGGGAGGACACCGCUCUGACAGCCGAGCAGAAGAGGGACCAGGAGUCUCUUUGGGCCUAGCUCCAGUGCCGGCCUUCCUUCACCUCCACCCCCCAUCUUCUUCCUCUGUCCUGGCUCCCCAGGGCUCCCUGCCCCUCACCCCUCCAGGCCUGGGGCUUCCUGGGUGCUGCCUCUGUUCCUCAGGGCUGCUGGGCCUCAGAAACUACCUCAAGGUUGGGGAGGGCAUUCAGGAAAACUGUCUGAGGGAAGUGAUGUUGCCUCUCCUAAAUGAUGAUGUGUAAAUAAUCUUAAUAAUUAAUUUGUUUAAAUAAUCUUAAUGAUUAAAAAUGUCUAAGAUAGGGUGCCUGGCUGGCUCAGUCAGUGGAGUGUGCAACUCUUGAUCUCAGGGUUGUGAGUUCAAGCCCCAUGCUGGUUGUAGAGAUUACUUAAAAAUAAAAUGGAUGCCUGGGUGGCUCAGUCGGUUAAGCGUCCAACUUCAGCUCAGGUCACGAUCUCACGGUCUGUGAGUUCGAGCCCCGCGUCGGGCUCUGGGCUGGUGGCUCAGAGCCUGGAGCCUGCUUCCGAUUCUGUGUCUCCCUCUCUCUCUGCCCCUCCCCCAUUCCUGCUCUGUCUCUCUCUGUCUCAAAAAUAAAUAAACGUUAAAAAAUAAAAUGGUGAAGGGGCACCUGGGUAGCUCAGUUGGUUAAGCAUCUGACUCUUGGUUUCAGUUCAGGUCAUGAUCUCACAGUUUGUGAGUCUGAGCCUCACGUCAGGCUCUGUGCUGACAGUGCGGAGUCUGGUUGGGAUUCUCAUUCUCUCUCCCUCUCUCUCUCUCUCUCUGCUUUACCCAUGCACUCUCUCUCUCAAAAUAAAUAAAUAAACAAAAAAAUAUAUCCACCAUCAGCAAAUUUCAAAUAUACUGCACAGUAUUAUUAACUAUAGUCUUCAUACUAUACAUUAGAGCCCAGAAUUUAUCUUGAAACUAAAAGUUUGUGCCCUCUGAGCAACAUCUCACCAUUUUCCCCAUGCCCCAGCUCUUGGUUCUAUGAGGAAUAUUUCCCUCUGAACACCUAGGGGACUUGUCCACCCUGCCCUUUGUCCUAAUAAGUAGGCCCUGGUUCUCAGCCUCAGGAGGCCACGGGAAGAUGCCUCACCAGUGGGUAAAGGAGAAGCGAAUUCCUGUGCCCAGCCUGGAAGCUGGGAAAAACCCCCACCCACUGGGAAGCUAUAGGUGCCUUCCCUUUGCCCUUCAGCCAAUGAAAAACCUUCUCCCACUUGAUGCUUGGUUUGGAGCUCUGGUCAGUGGUGGGCCUGAAAUUCCACUGUGCCCAGAGAAGACAGACUUUGAGUCAGACUAAGACCCACUGAGUCACUCUUUUGGGGACCAAGGUCCACAGUCCACCAGCUCCAAAGGUCCGCCUUUGUGAAAACUUCCCUGGAUCCAGCCUCCUCAAGAUGCAACCAGAUUCAGGUGACAACCAGCUCUUGGGGGGCAAGGCCAGCUGGCCCAAAAGGGUACAAGUCUACUGACAGUUGCUGCCCUGAUGCCAGCUUUUCGCAUAGUGUCUUACUGUUGAUAUUCAACAACCUCUAUGUCUUUGUGAAGAUUCUGUGGUUGGAUUGCUACUCUCAGAACUUCAUCCAAGAGAAUGCAUUGGAGUAGGCAUCUGUUGUCUGUCCUGAACACCUCCCCCCCACCACACACACACACACACACACACACACACACACACAUAUAUUUCUGGGAACCCCUUUGGUUCCCAUGAAAACUGUCAAGCAAAACUUGUCUCUUACACCCACUGUCCAGGGUACAGAGAAAGACAGAAAUUAUAAAUUAGGUACUGGGGCCGGGGAGCAUUUUCCAGCAAAUGUGUUUCCACUAGGAGCCGGGUGCCAAGGCCCCCAUGCCCUUAAACAGCUCUAGACUGGCACAGUUCCUCAUGUGUUCACUUUAGCACGUGUUGUAACCCAGAGUUAGCAGAGACAGAGAAGUGGAGAGCACAGGGACACAUUGCUCUUCUAAGAAGGAAACACGGCUGGGGUGCCUAGGGGGCUCAGUCAGUUCAGAGCCUGACUCUUGAUUUUGGCUCAGCUCAUGAUCUCAUGGUUUGUGGGUUUGAGCCCUGCAUCAGUCUCUGCUGGCAUUGUGGAGUUGCUUGGGAUUCUCUCCCUCUCUCUCUCUCUCUCUCUCUCUCUUCUCUCUCUCUCUGCCUCUCCCUCUCCCUCUCUCUCUCAGAAUAAAAAAUAAACUUAACAAUGUAUAUAUUUUGAGGCACCUGGGUGGCUCAGUCUAGUUAGGCAUCUGACUUUGGCUCGGGUCAUGAUCUUGGGAAUCGUGAGUUCGAACCCCGUGUGAGGCUCUGUGCUAACAGCUCAGCGCCUGGAGGCUGCUUCGGAUUCUGUGUCUCAUUCUCUCUCUGCCUCUUAAAAAUAAAUAAACUUUAACAAAAUUUAAAAAAAACAAUAUAUGUAUCUAUAUUUUAAAAGUAUUUUAGAAAAAAAGAAAGAAACACAACUUCUCCUUCCCCAUGAGUCUCCUUCUCGUGGGUCCUUACUUCUUUUUUUUUUUUCUCUCUCUCUCUCUGGAGGGUCUGUACUUCUGAGCAGCUUUGCAACCACAGAGGAAGUUCACCAAGAACAGGGUGAAGCUGGUCAGGGCAGGAGAAGCUGUGGCAGCCCCACCCAGAAAGGACACCACAGUGGGAAGAGCCCUGCCAGCACCUGGGGCAUUGGGUUUGUUCUGUUUGAUGCCAGAUAUGUCCUGAAUGGUGUUUUCUUUUCUUCCUUUUUUUCCCAGUAUUUUUCAAUGCUUAUUUAUUUUUGAGAGAGAGAGAGAGAGAGAGAGAGAGAGAGAGACAUUGCACAGCAGGGGAGGGACAGAGAGAGAGGGAGACAGAGAAUCCGAAACAGGCUCCAAGCUCUGAGCUGUCAGCACAGAGCCUGACGUGGAGCUUGAACUCACGAACCAUGAGAUCAUGACCUGAGUCAAAGUCAGAUGCUUAACCGACCGAGCCACCCAGGUACCCCCUGAAUGAUAUUUUCUUAACCAAUGAGGCUAAAGGAUUAAGUUUCUAGCACUUUCCCUGCCUGGCCUCUGAAGCAUCUCUCCCUACAGCUCACCGGUCUGGCUUGUUCAACCUGCUUUGGGCUUCCAGAUCCUCAUGGCUGGUCUCCUUAUGUGCCCCCUGGGCCCCAGCCUGGCUGUCUGGGAGUCAAGUCUCCACCCAGAAUGGGGUCCAGAUUCAGCCCCAACAGCUCUCCUGGGCUCCUCCUUAACCCAUGCCGUGGAGGCUAACAGCGAAGAGGCCUGGGGGCUGGGCUUCCUCUGGGCACCACUGUCUCAUCUCAUCUUGCUGGAAGGGACUCUGAAUUCCUCCACCCCAGGUCCUAAUUUGCUGGUCAUCUUUCUUCAAAUCUUUUCUUAGCUUAGGAACAUCAGACCCACAGCCCCCUGCCCACGUCCUGCUCUGCCAGCUCCAACGGAGUUCAUGAAUCACCCUUGAAUCUGUGCAGCCCCAAGACUGGGGCCAACUCAUCAUGGCCAGGACAGAAGGUGUUCUGAGGGUGGAGGUCAGCCUCAGUCCCCGAGAGAUGGGACCACCGUGCAGUGGGGAGCUGCAAAGAUGACUUUGGGGGAAUGAGGGCCAAGGCUACUGUUCCCGCUGAAAACAUGGGUCUGGGGCCAGGUCUGAUCCUCACGCCCUCAUUUAUUCAUCCACUCAUUCAUUCAUUCAUUCAUACAUUCAACAAAUGCAACUAAAUUACGUACUGACUCCAGGCACCGUUUUCUGGGCACAUUGACUAUUGUAUGAAUGAAGGGAGCCCCCCCGGAUGUCUCCUCCUGUACAUUUGUCUUGAAAUGCAAGAACCUGACCUCAUAUCAAUUGCCCCCCUUUUAUCACUGAAUAGAAAGGUUUCAGGUGACAAGGUAAAUCAUGGGUUCUCCUCUGGCAGCCACCAUUGGAGAUGAUUUAGAAAGCACAGCUUGGGAUUCAAACAGUAAUGAGAUACUACUACCCACCUACUAGAAUAGCCAAAAUCCAAAACAUCCACAACACUAAAUGCUGGUGAUGGUGUGGAGCUAUAGGAACCCUCGUUCAUUGCUGGCAGGAAUGCACAUGGAUUUUUAUAGCAGUCUUAUUCUCUUUUGUUUUCGAUAUUUAUUUAUUUAUUUAUUUAUUUUGAGAGAGACAGAGACAGCAUGAGUGGGGGAGGGGCAGAGAGAGGGAGAAAGAGAGGGUCCCAAGCAGGCUCUGUGUUGCCAGCACAGAGCCUGACAUGGGGCUCGAACCCUCGAAACUGUGAGAUCAUGACCUGAACCGAAACUGAGAGUCAAACACCCAGGAGCCCCAGUAAGUCUCAAAUUCUAAAGCAACUAUGGAGGCCGCCCCUCCUUCCUCUGGCUGACCCUGACCCUCCUCUGGAGUGGGACCCAGCCUCACUUGCCCCCAGGCUCCUGGGUCUCCCUCCACCUUUGAGGAGCUCUGAGGGGUGACACAGACCACAUCUGAUUCCCAAAGCUUCUGUCACUGGAACCCUCAGCACAUCAUCUAGGAUACCAGAAACACUAGCCGCGUCAUCAGCCAGUCAUCUGGUAUACCCACUCACCGGGUCUGCCACUUGCAACAAGAAAAUAAGAAGCUAGAGGAGGCUGCAUUUAGAAUGAACCAGAAGCUUACCAACAGGUUUUAACAAGUUACCAAGAAAUGUCGACCAGGAUAAGAGGGAAGGAAGACAACUCUAGUUCAGGCACAAUGAAUAACAGAUACCUGAAGACAGGAAGUUGGGAGGGAGACACCAUAGGGUGAUGGUUAACAUGAUGGCAUCUGAAACUGGACAGACCUGAGUUCACGCCCCAGCUCUGUUGUUUCCUUGCCUGCCAUCUCGGACCUUUUGCUUUCACUAACCAUCAAUUUCCUCACCUAGAAAAUGGGGAUGACCACAGAUCCUGUCUCACAAAGCAAUCAUGACCACGGGGAUUAAAGAACACCCUGCAGGCCAAGCGUUAGCUCAGAGCUCUCAGUCCACUCUUGGAAGUGCUUGGGGAAGUCAGUGAGAAACCAGGACCACUCAGGCUCUUUGAGACAUCUUUCCAGGCAGAUGAGAGAGGAGACCCAGAAGUUCUGGGCGAUGGGACAGCUCCCUCAGGACACUAGCUCCUCACAGAAGACACAAAGUAACACUAAAUUACCUGAAAGCAGACCAGAAAGGACCUGGAAAGGGACUCAUAAAAAAGUUUAUCUGGUUUGGCAGGUAAAGCAAAGUACAUUAAAAAAAAAUUCUUCUUGGGAAUGCAAGCUGGUGCAGCCACUCUGGAAAACAGUAUGGAUGUUCCUCAAAAAACUAAAAAUAGAACUACCCUACGACCCAGCAAUUGCACUACUAGGCCUUUAUCCAUGGGAUACAGUGUGCUAUUUCAGAGGGACACAUGCACCCCCAUGUUUAUGGCAGCACUAUCAAUAACGAAAGUAUGGAAAGGGCCCAAAUGUCCAUCAAGGGACGAAUAGAUAAAGAAGAUGUGGUGUAUACACACACACACACACACACACACACACACACACACAAUGGAGUAUUACUCGGCAAUCAAAAAGAAUGAAAUCUUUCCAUUUGCAACUACAUGGAUGGAACUGAAGGGUAUUAUGCUAAGAGAAAUUAGUCAGAGAAAGACAAAAAUCAUGACCUCACUCCUAUGAGGACUUUAAGAGACAGAACAGAUGAACAUAAGGGAAGGGAAACAAAAAUAAUAUAAGAACAGGGAGGGGGACAAAACAGAAGAGAC